AUGUUUCUCAAGUCACUCGUGACGCUCCUCGGGGCAGCUGUUGCGGUUCAGUCACUCCCAGCUGGUGAAUCCGCUAAUGAGUUAGAAAAAAUCGCGUCAAAUGCCGGGUUCCAGCGAUUCAAAUAUGUGACGGAGCACGUCCGUGAUGGCGAUAGGCUUAGUCGUUCCUCGGCGCCUAAUUAUGUCUGGAAGGACUCGGACCAGAACCUGACUGCGGACUCAAUCAAAUUUCUUCAGCAGCAGGAAAUAACGCACGUAAUUAGUCUUAAUCACGAGGCAAAUAAUGAGAAUAUUACAACUGCUCUCCAGAACGUCGGCAUCGCCUACACGCCACUACCUAUUGUGGAUUUUGGUACCCCAACGCUUGAAGACUUCCAAAAAGGUUAUGAAGGAUUCAAAAAUCAUCGGUCAGGUACCCUAGUCUGGUGCGGCUUCGGCCAUGGCCGCACUGGAACAAUGAUCUCAGCCCUACAAAUCUAUAUCGAGCAUGAGAAGCCCUCACCUCAGCUUCUUACACGUCAAGACUACGACAACAAUCACGUCGAGGAGGAUGCGCAGAGAGCUAUACUUGAUAAACUUCAAAAGGUACUACAGCAGCAAAGGGAGGAAGCUGCCAAGCCGAAACCCAAGCCGCAGCCGGGUUCUGCCGAGUACAACACACAGCUGCUAAAGGAGAAGUGCGACGCCUCUGGCAACUCGCCGGUGUGUAUGAAGGCAGGACACCGGUGCGCGGCCCGCUUCGCUGCAAGUGAGAAGAUUGAGAAUUUCCUCAACUGUGUAGAAAAGGUGCAGGUUUGCCUUGACUACUACCGGCAAGACGAGUGCGAAGAAUUCGCGGCACAAUGCCAGGCUGAGCUAGGAACGCUCAGCUCUAGUUUCUACAGCAUGGCCGAGUGUACGUGCAAGAAGCAGGGAAAGGCGGAAGGGGAAGCCCUCAAGUUUUGUGUGAGUGAAAAGGCAAAGUUGUAA